AGGAAUUAUAUGGUUGUGCGCAUGCGCAGUAGCACCAGAUGUAUCCCUUCUUUUGUGUCAUGUAAUAAGCUUCUCCAGAAGAGCACAUGAGCUGCAGACUGUAAUAUGGUGACAGUUCCCAGCAGCUGCCCUACUGUACCGCUGUCCAAUGGACGCAACAUUCCCAUUCUGGGUUUAGGAACAUCUCAUGAUGGAGGUUACAGUCAUGAAGCAGUGCUCUGUGCUCUACAGGAGUGUGGCAUAAGGCAUAUAGACACAGCCAAGCGUUAUGGUUGUGAAGAGGCUUUGGGGAAAGCUGUGGUUGAUAGUGGAGUACCACGAGAGGAGCUCUGGCUCACCACCAAACUAUGGCCUGGAGAUUACGGCUACCAGAGCACCAGAAAAGCCUGCCGGGACUCGUGUGCCAGGCUGGGGGUUGAUUAUUUAGACCUUUAUCUGAUGCACUGGCCGGACUGCAUGGUUCCAGGCGUCUCCAGCCGUGAGGUUCGAGCAGAGACGUGGAGAGCUCUGGAGGAGCUUUAUGAUGAAGGUUUGUGUCGUGCAGUCGGAGUGAGUAACUUUCUCAUACACCACUUAGACGAGUUAAAGGAUCGUGCUGGAAUUGUGCCUCAUGUUAACCAGGUGGAGUUUCAUCCCUUCCAGCAGCCACUGGAGCUGGUUGAAUAUUGCCGGAAGGAGAAUAUUGUUUUUGAAGGCUACUGUCCUUUGGCCAAAGGUCAAGCUCUCACUCAUCCAUCAGUCAUGGAGCUCGCCCAGAAACACGGCCGCAGCGCGUCACAAAUAUGCAUACGCUGGAGUAUCCAGAAUGGAGUUGUCACAAUUCCAAAGUCCACCAAACCAGAAAGGGUCCGUGAAAACUGCCAAGUGUUUGGGUUCAGCUUGGAUGAUUCAGACAUGGCAGCGCUCAGUUUGCUGCAUGAUGGGAGACAUGUGAGCUGGGACCCAACUCAUUUGGAAUGACCAAAGCUCCAAGAAAACCACCUGUUCAGGUUUUUGGAUUCACACUAACAGCAGAAGACAUGCACCGGAUUAGAGAUUUACACACCAAUCAGAAGCUGAUUCAUCUCACUUAUCCAAUCUGGAAAGGAUAACCUAGCAAUCAGAAUGCAGGAUCAUGACGUCCUGAACUCACAGUGAAAGGAAAGCUUUCUUUAGAAAAUGAAAUCAAGGAAAUCAGUGAUUUGCAUGCUGCUGAUGUCACACAUGCUGUGCCUUUUGAAAACUGGUACUCGGGGGUGUUGAGAGACUUAAUAUUUCUAUGGUCUUAAUAGUAACAAUUAGUAGGGAGAGCAAUUUUGUGAACAAAAUAACUGCUAGUUACACUUCAUAUCCUCAAACAUCAGAUGUGACAGAACCACUGGUAAACAUAGUCAAGUUGACAUUUAAUACACGUUGUAUUAACUGUAAUGACAUGUUCUCAUUUCCCCUAUGAAUUGUUUUCUGUUAUGCUGAAAUGUGUCAAAUUGUUGGUUAAAGUGGAAACGGCUCUGUAUGUUUUGAGUUUCUCAGAAACCACUCUGGUGAAACUGAAAUAAAUGGAGCCAGCACACAUCUUUA